CGGUUGGUUGGAGCGUCGCAGCAGCCGAGAGGUCCCGGAAAGUUUCUUUGGAGGCGCGGCCCGGAGUGCCAUGUCCCACGGCCCCAAGCAGCCCGGCGCGGCCGCAGCGACGGCGGGCGGCAAGGCUCCGGGCCAGCAUGGGGGCUUCGUGGUGGCUGUCAAGCAAGAGCGAGGCGAGGGCCCGCGGGCCGGCGAGAAGGGGUCCCAGGAGGAGGAGCCGGUGAAGAAGCGCGGGUGGCCUAAGGGCAAGAAGCGGAAGAAGAUCCUGCCAAAUGGACCCAAGGCUCCGGUCACCGGCUACGUGCGCUUCCUGAAUGAGCGGCGAGAGCAGAUUCGCACGCGCCACCCGGACCUGCCCUUCCCCGAGAUCACCAAGAUGCUGGGCGCUGAGUGGAGCAAGCUGCAGCCCGCGGAGAAGCAGCGGUACUUGGAUGAGGCGGAGCGGGAGAAGCAGCAGUACAUGAAGGAGCUGCGGGCGUACCAGCAGUCAGAAGCCUACAAGAUGUGUACGGAAAAGAUCCAAGAAAAGAAGAUCAAGAAAGAGGACUCGGGCUCUGGGCUCAUGAAUACCCUCUUGAAUGGACACAAGGGUGGGGACUGCGAGGGCUUCUCCACCUUCGAUGUCCCCAUCUUCACUGAAGAGUUCUUGGACCAAAAUAAAGCGCGGGAGGCGGAGCUGCGGCGCCUGCGGAAGAUGAACGUGGCCUUCGAGGAGCAGAACGCGGUGCUGCAGAGGCACACGCAGAGCAUGAGCAGCGCGCGCGAGCGCCUGGAGCAGGAGCUGGCGCUGGAGGAGCGGCGCACGCUGGCCCUGCAGCAGCAGCUCCAGGCGGUGCGCCAGGCGCUCACGGCCAGCUUCGCGUCGCUGCCGGUGCCGGGCACCGGCGAGACGCCCACGCUCGGCACCCUGGACCUGUACAUGGCGCGGCUGCACGGCGCCAUCGAGCGCGACCCCGCCCAGCACGAGAAGCUCAUCGUCCGCAUCAAGGAGAUCCUGGCCCAGGUCGCCAGCGAGCACCUAUGAGGGUGUUGGCCGGCCCACAGAUCCCGAGGAGACCACGCUCUGGUCAUGGCCCUUUCCCUGCCCCCGCCCCAUGGAAGAAGGGCUGGGGGUCCACCUUGGGGCCAGGCCUGAUCCUGCACCUUGGGGGCUCCAGCUCCCCUAAAAUUAAAUUUCUACAACAACCCUCUAGCUUUCAACCUCUAGUCCCCAAAACCAGAAAAAUCCCCACCAAGCACAACACCCACGGGACCCCAUGGUCAGGCCCCCAGCAAGGGCCGCUCGCCUCACAGGCCUCAUCACACACUACAGGGAUGUGGAAAUGUCACAGGGUUGGACCCACAGCAGCUUACGCUUCCCCGGCAGGUGGGGGCAGGCUGCACACCAGUUCCCCAGAAUGGGCCCCAGAACCCCUGGGAUUCCCAGCAGGUGCUCAUGUGUUCCCACAAGCAGGCAAGCUGCCAUGACAUGCUCCCACAUGGGGAGGAGGCUCUGCUUGCCUGUCACCUUCCUGCAGCGCAGAAUGGAGGGACUGACUGGUACUGGCCAUCCCACCCUUGUCUGCUGAGGGACCCUGAUGGAGGUGGCGCUUUAACCACUGUUCAAUCUGGACUUUUUAAAUUAAAAAAGUGAAACUUGAACAUCAAACUUGUGAAUGUUUGGGGGCAGGAGGGUUAAAUCAGAGGAUGUGUCAGGGCCCACCUCCCUUUCUUGGGGUCCUAGGCCUGCCUUCCCUGUCCCCUGGCAGUCACACACCCAAUAUCCAUCUGUCGUCCUGCCUGUUCUGGACAUUUCUAGUCAGUGCACUUACACCACGUGGCCUCCUGUGUCUGGCUUCUCUCCUUGGGUGUUGUAUGUUCAGGGCCCCUCCCUGUGGUAGCGAGUGUCAGAGCUGCCCUCCUUUACGUGACUGAAGCAUGUUCUGGUGUGUGGGUGGACACUUCGUGUGUGUCCAUUUAUCUGCUGAUGGACACGGGCUGCUUCCACCUUUAAUCUGCUGUGAAUCACUGUGUGUGCAGGUUUUUGUUUGAACAUUGUCAGUUCUCGGGUAUAUACCAGGAGUGGAACUUCGGGAUCAUUCUAUGCUUCACUCAAGAGGAGGCCCCUCAGAGAUGUCUGUGUUUAAUGGAAUAUUGAAACAUCCUAAAAAUUUUGGAGAAGAGCUUGACAAACACCAGUGUUACAGGUUGAGUAAUGUCCCCUCACAAGAUCUGUGGAAGUCCUAACUUCCAGAACCUCAGAAUGUGACCUUAUUUGGAAAUAGGGUCAUUGCAGAUAUAAUUAGUUAAGAUGAGGUCAUCCUGAAGUAGGGUGGGCCCCUAAUCCAAUAUGACUGGUGUCCUUAUAAGAUAGCGAUUUGGACACAGAAGAGACAGCCAUGUGAUCACAGGCAGAUGCUGGAAUAAUGUGCGUUGCCAAGGGACACCAAGCGUUGACGGCCACCUCCGGGGAGAGGCUGGGAGGCCCCUACCCAGGAUGUCAGAGGGAGCAGUCUUGCUGAUAAACUGAUAUCAGACUUCGGGCUGAUGGAAGGAAACAAAUCCCUCUUUUUAUAAAAACCCCCCAGCUUGUGGCACUUUGUCAUGACAGCCCUGAGAGAGUCACACAAUGAAUAUCAACCCCCCCUAGUGCGUGCCCUACUCUGGUGCAGGCACCUCAUGCCACACGUGGAGCAGAGCAGCCCCAGGCAGGUCUUCAUCUAUUUUACCACAUACAUAUGUCUUCCUAAAAAAUACAAAUGUGGGGGCCUCCCUAGUAGCACAGGGAUUAAGUUUCAGUGUUAUCACCCCUGCGGCCUGAGUUCAAUCCCCAGCCAGGGAGC